AUGCCGCAUAUGCAGCAUUCUCGAUUUCCUCGCAUUCUCAAGCCAAUGAUGGAGAAGCUCGAGUUUGCAGAGAUGGAUCAGUUUGUUUAUCCCAACAGCAUCCCUGACGAUCCUCAUUGGCCGAGACUCUGGGGUUUAGACAAGAUUCGAAUGCUGGAUGCCUGGUCGAGAUUGACCGAACUGGGUUUGGAUGGCGAAGAGACGGUGGUUGCCGUGAUCGACACUGGGGUACAGUUGGACCAUCCCGAUUUGAUGGAUUCCUUGUGGACUAAUCCUGGGGAAAUCCCGGACAAUGGAAUCGACGACGACGGGAAUGGCUUUAUUGAUGAUGUUCAUGGCUAUGACUUUGCAGGAGAAGAUGGGCAUCCAGACGAUGACAAUGGUCAUGGCACCCAUUGUGCUGGAAUUUUGGCUGCCACUGCGAACAAUGGAGUUGGCAUCGCUGGUGUGGCCAGCAGGCUUGCCAAGGUACGCAUCAUGGCUUUGCGGUUCCUGUCGGCAGACGGUACAGGUGGAACUGUGUCGGAUGCGGUGAGGGCGCUAGAAUAUGCCUUGUCCUUCGGCGUGCCAGUGUCUUCAAAUAGUUGGGGAGGUGCGGACACCUCUGAUGCUUUGAAGGUAGCCAUCCGGCGAGCCAGUGAGGCUGGACAUCUCUUUGUCGCACCUGCGGGCAACAGUGGGAGGAGCAUAUCAGACGGAACAUAUUAUCCUUGUGUCUACCGUCAGGCUGGAGUGUUGUGCGUGGCUGCCAGUGAUCAGUCCGACCAGCUGACUUCCUUCUCAAAUUAUGCACCAGAGUACGUGGAAAUUACAGCGCCGGGAGUUGAUAUAUACAGCACGUACACUGGGUCUGGCUAUCGUUCCGAGUUUGGCACGUCAAUGGCUACCCCGUAUGUGGCUGGGGCAGCAUCCCUGGUGGUCAGUGCGUUUGGCUACAGCGGGACACAUGUCAGGCAGUUGUUGCUUGAUUCAGCGGUUCUGGCAGACAAUUUCAAGGGGAAGGUGGAUGGAGGCCGCUUGGAUGUCCUGAAGUUAAUCGAAAGAUCCGAGCCGGACUUUCUCUUUUGGUUUGACUCGGAAGGGGCCAGGACUGCAAUGGUGUCUGUAAUAGUUGCAGCCAACAGCUCCAAGUUGGUGGAGCUUCAGAUUGGAUCAGACAACAUUUUACCCGGCACUUAUGAAGCGGAAGUGCACACAAGCUGGCACGAUGGUGAGGAGACAAUCCCUGUGGUUUACACUGUUCAAGGCCAACCACUACUGCAUUUGGAGCAGCAUAGCCUCGAAUGGGCACAGGUGCCAAGCAAUGCCACUGCGAGCCAAUAUUUGAACAUUACCAACUCGGGCAAUGGGACUGGCCGAGUGCAGUUGCAGCGUCUUCCAUUUCCCUUUGAGGGUCCUGAGAACGAGAUAGUGGUUCCGCCCGAGGGUGCUGCUAGUGUAUCGAUUCAAUGCGCUCCCAACUUCACAGGCGAGUGGCUUGGGGAGGCGGCUUUCAAUACAAACAGUGGGCUCGAUGCGUGGAACUCAAGCCGGUCAACAUUGGAACUUGGAACUGUCCUGAAGGUGAGACUCAGAUGUAUCAGCAGGAAGCCACCUGAGCUUCAGAUGGAGCCAUUUUCCGGAGCUGCUGAGGUGUUGUCAGGAGGUCUCCUUCGUUACUUGCAGCCGGUGGUGCAUGCCGAGUGGGAGCCAUUCGUACCAGGGAAAGAGGUAGAGGCAAAUCUGGUGCUCCCAGAGGAGAACAACAGCUUGGGAUGCAGCAGGCACAACACAGACGUCUCUGGCUCAGUGCUUCUGAUUGGACGAGGGGAUUGCUACUUCUCCGUGAAGGCGCUGAUGGCACAGGAGGCCCAAGCGUUGGGGGUGCUUUUGUACAACAACCAGGACAAUGGUGCAUUGCCAAUGAUGGCCAUGCCGCGAGAUAGUGACAUCCCUGUGAUUCCGAUGUUUAUGGUGACGAAGGCAGAGGGUGAAGCUCUUCUUGCAAGGCUUCAGGAGGAAGCCCUUCGUGUAAAGCUGCGCUGGCAGACAGUCAGCGCUUACACACUUCCUUCAAGGUCGGACAGGGUCUCCAUCCAGAUUUCCAACACUGGGGUUGCCGACCUACGCUGGAACGCGCGGCCCAAGUUAUCCUUUGGCGCCCAUAGCUUCUAUGAGACUUACAUCUCUGGAGUGCAGAACUCCUCCAUGGCAGAGUUUUCUUGGACAGAGGUUGGUGAAGAUUUGAGCUUCUUCAGGGAGCACGGCCAAAAUGCAAGUCUGCAACUGCCCCUGCCUUUCAGCUUUUCCUUUUAUGGGCAGAUGUUUGAUAAGGUGUGGGUCACGUCCAAUGGCUUUUUGGCCUUCGAGAUCUUCGAGGGUGAAGCUCCACCUUUGCCGUUACCCUUCAUGGCUGGGAUCUCCAAGCCCAAUGGGAUAGUAGCAGGCUUUGGUUGGCCUUUAACGUGCCACGACUGCCGGAUCUCUUCGAUGGAAGACGGCACGUGUUUUGUGGUCCAGUAUGCCAACAUGUCAUUCGAUCACCCAACGCUUCCCAUGAGUGCCGGGUCGGAUGGUCUCUCUUUUGAGAUUCGGCUUUGCCAAGAUGGUCGAAUCAGCAUGAUGUAUGCCAAGUUUCCAGAGCCUGCAAGCGACUACCGUGAUGCUUUUAUUGGGCUUGAGACCAUCGAGGGGGAUGCCUUGAUGAACUUGCGCUCGCAGUUGCCCUUCGCCGAGCGGCCAACGCAUGACCUGAGAGGCCGCCAAGAGAUCGACCCAAAGCAGUUUAUGGAGGACCUCUUCAUGGACCACUCGGAGGCUGGCUUCCUCCACAUAGAGGUGGACGAGUCACUGGCUGACAUACAUCAGGAGGCUGUGGCUCAAGUGAAGCCGAAGCAGGGCAUCAAGAGAUCCAGGGACUCGGAGGAAUAUGUUACAUUGAACCAGGCCAAGAAGUUGACGAUGAACAUCAGUGACGGGUGUAGCAUUCGGCCCUCCUCAGCCUGGCUCGAGCGAUGGGCACGGGAAGCAACAUGUGUGCCACGCUUACGCUUGCCUGAAGCCUUGUGCCCAAGGGCGAUGGACGAUGCGGCCCUGGGCGAGCGCACCUGGACGGACGAGGGCCUCGUGCAUUUAGCGCGCAAUUGUCUCAGGGUGACGCAGGACAAGCUCUCCGGCAUGUGUGAUGCAUCACCUUUAACGUCCAUGCUCUCCACAGCAUUCGCGAAAAGGCCUGCGGCAAUUGAGAGGGCCGAAGAGCGCUUCGAUGUGUUUGUAGCGUCGGUCGUUCAGAUUUGGUGCCGAACAGUGGGAGCUCGCCUGGAAGGGAAUUGGUUCGUUGAGAUCGUUCAGGCACGACCCGUGCAAGAGUCUGCGCCAUUCAUGCUAGUUGGCUUCAUCAUGGGCACCUUGUAUGUCACCUUUCGGCUUGCCUACAUGCCAGCCGUGCAUCUCCCACUCACUAGCACAAGCUCUGUCAUUUUCCAUUCCGCUUUCGUCCUAGCUGCGCUCUCCUAUGAGCGUGGGGUCACAGUGGACCCUGGCGCCAUCCCGGAGAACUGGCGAAAAGCGGAGGAUGGGCGACCACGCUUUGAGCUGGAGGGUGGCCGAGUCUUCCUUCAUGAGCGCAAGAAGAAGACAGGUGAACUCCGGUUUUGCAGUAAAGAAAUGAAGUUCAAGCCUGACAGAGCGCAUUACUGCAGUGUCAUGCGGCGAAAUGUGCUUCGAAUGGACCACUACUGUCUUUGGCUGGCGAACUGUGUGGGAUACCACAACCACAAGUAUUUCUUCCUUUUCUUAUUCUACACUCUGAUUGCGACAGGCACAAUUGACAUUGGACUCUUACAAGCGUUGCACACGGGUACCUAUAGCGCUGGGCAUACAUUUAUGAUGGCUCAAGGUGCGAUGAUUUCAUCAGUGCUUGCAGCGCUCCUGGGGCCCUUUUUUAGCUUUCACUGUUGGCUAAUGCGGCACAACAUGACAACCAUUGAAUAUUGCGAGAAGAUGAGGGACAAUGAGGAGUACCGCGUCUCUCACUAUGACAUCGGCAUUUUGCGGAACAUCCAGUGUGUUCUAGGCGACAACUGGAUGUUGUGGCUGCUACCCAUCUCUGGGCCUUCCGGCGAUGGCCUGCAGUGGGGCAUCGCAGAGCAAAAGACCACAGGUCACGCUGCCGGAAGAGCUUCGCCUCCACAGGCGACGAAGGCCAAUGAAGCAACUGAAAAAGGGGCUAGAGAUGACGAGUCUGGCAACGUUGCCGCCUCAAGCACCUCUGCCUCGAGCUCUACGGAGCCUUGGAACACGGCUGGACACUUUACAGCUCCGCAGUGCAUGUAUCAAGCAGGCAAGGCACUGCAAGACAUGUGCGGCAACAUGACAGACUACUGCCAGAAAAUCAAAGACAAUCAAGAGCCCAGCAUUUUCCACUAUGGAAUGGGUAUUUUGCAGAACAUCCACCGGCCGUGGGAAGGGAUUUCUGGUGCGAAUUGUCCUGAUGCGACAUCCAGUCUUGCAUCUUUUGCAUCUUGGGCGGGUAGAGGAACCGCGGGAGCUGCGAGUCCAUCUCGCACAGGGCAGGACUCUCCGGAACACGGUGCUUCAUCCAAGCAGGAUGCCUGGGCUGCACUAGUAGACUUCGCCGAGCAAUCCAGACAAUGUGCAACGACAGUGACGUUGGCGCAGAUUGUGCGUUCCCCGGCCACGGUCUCUCCGUUGCAAAGCCUCUCCACGACGCAGACGGCGGUCCGGGAGAUUUGCUGCGACAUGGCUGCUUUCGUGGUGAACAAGGCGAGGGUGGCCGGCAUCCUGGAGCCAGAGCUGGUGGAGACAGUGGUUCCAAGGAGAGGAGGUGAAAAUGGUGAUUUCCCACCACCUCACUCCUCAGACAUCACCAGAUAG